CGGCUCUCGCGGAACGUCAUCUUGCAUUUGUCUAUUGUUCAUCGUUCUUUGCGUGCGUCCUAAAGUUUUUUCUUUGUUAUUAUUUUGCAAUUAGACGCGUCGCAAUCGAACCAUAAAUAUUGAAAAAACUUAAUUUAGUGUGAAAGUUUGUUUAUGUUCUAUUUAUAAAGUGAAUUAGUGCAAGGUGAAGCGAUGUAAUUUCGAUUUGAAGUUGCGGAAUUUCAGUGAAUUUUUCGAGUUCUGCUAGUCGUUCGCAAUCAGUGGAAUUCGGCUCGCGCCUGCCUCCGCUCAUACGUUUCUCCAAUAAGAUUUCAGCGAUUCCAAUGAGAUCUAUUACAAUAAAUUGUUCGCUACUCGGAUGUAUGCUGUGGUCGCGUUUGCCGUUCCGUGUCCGUGUGGCUGAUUAUCCGCCUGCUGCUGGUUGCCUCGUCUUGGAUUUGCCUCAAAUGUAAACUUUCCGCACGUGUAAAAAAUAAAAUGCCAAUAGUGUACUAAAUGAAAUAGUUUACCAAAUACUUAUGAUCAAGUUUGCAUUUCGAGCGCGAGUGGAGGUAACGCGGCAAAGUAAGAUGAGAUGGUUGCUAGUUUGUUAGUCAGCGCAUGCAAGUAAGUGCAAACAAAUCGCAGUGGGGGCAAAUGUAUGCAUGAAGUUGUCGGCACUAUCACAGUACACCGAUUCUGGCUGAGUAGAUAAAUAUUUCGCUAUUGACCAGAAGGGGCCAAACAACCGGGAAGCAGAGCUGAGCGCAGAGCAUCGGUCGAGAAAAUGAACCAGCCCAAAGCAACGUGAGAGUAUCUGAAUGAACGGACGUGUGAUUACUGAUCGCGUGCGGUAAUGAGGCGGUAAUUGUUUUGGAGAGAAUCAGAGUAUUUUCAGCAAAGUUUGUAAUGAUCUUAUCAAGCUGAAUACCAAAAGUAGUCAUCAAGGAAUGCGCGUUGAACCGUUUCUCAGUUUGUAAAGUUGUUGUUAACGUCGUUGAUAAAGAAUAAAUAAAAAGUGCAAAUAUUUUACAACAAAGUGUGUUGUAAGUCUAUAGUGAUGUGGAUUCUUAUUCAAAUUAACUGUUUUUGUGCUUUUCGCAGAAUUUACACAUUGAAAAUAUUGUAAAUACAAUAAAAAAAUACAACGGCGCUCUACUAUGCCACGAUUGCUCACUAGUACUCCCGCAACACUUAUCUUGAUUAAAUAUUAUACUAAGAAUAAAGUGGAUCACAAUACGACAAAAGUAGCCAAGUAGUCAAAUCAGCCUAUAGUCUACACAAAAAAGUAGUAGAUAAAAAAGUAAAGCUUGAGCCAAAGUCGGAAAGUUACAAAGAACAAAAGCCAACAAAACCUAGGCUAGGAAAACUGUGCAAUUGGCAACAAAAAUAAAAAAAAUACUUAUAUUUUUGGCUUUGCUUAAGUGACUUGAUUGUGAUAUGACUACUAAAUAUCACAAGAAUGCAUCCAGCGGGCGAAAAAAGGGGUCGCCCCAAAAAUAAAUAUACAGCCGAGGCGCUCGAAUCUAUUAAACAAGAUCUGACGCGAUUUCAAGUACAAAGGGAUAAUGGAGCAGCACAGAAUUUCACACCGUUGCGGUACAAUGCUGUUAAUGGUGGUCGUUCCGACCCGCCUGAUUAUAUGCACGCCAAGUUGAUGGAACCACUGCCAUCGGUGUCACCAUUACCUGUCGCACCACCGCCUAAUCCCCAACUAAAUGGGCAUGUACCAAAAGUUCUGCCACCGGGUCUUAUUUCGUCGAAAUUGAAUCGAAAGCCAAGCAUCGAACGGGAAACUCCGCUUAAUUAUCUGCAGCGAUGUAGUCCGGCAUUGGAUUCUGGUGCGGGCAGUUCCCGCUCGGACAGCCCGCAUUCGCAUCAACAAGUCGCAAAUGCUGGACGCGUCGGAACUGGACAAUAUUCACCGUCACCUUCCAGUUUCAGCGAUGUUGGGCCGCCGGCACCGCCGCCACGGCAUCCGACAACGGUAAAUUCCGCAACACCGCCGCCGCCACCUCCCAAUCAGCACUACAAACGGCGAUCUCCUGCAAAUACACGGCCAGCGGCGAUCACACCCAGUCCAACAACACGCGGCACUUCCCCAGUUAUAGUACGUAACGGCAUUAAGGCACAACAACAACUGUCACAAAUGAAGGCGCUAAGCCUGUAUCAAGCUGGUGGCAACGCCGUUGAACCGCCGCCUCCGCCGUAUCCCAUCAAUACAGUGGUGGUAGCGACAUCAGCGCCGCCGCCUAGCUACACGGCCUCCAUGCAAUCACGUCAGUCGCCCACGCAGUCACAAUCCGACUAUCGAAAGUCUCCAAGCAGCGGCAUAUACUCAGCCACCUCUGCCGGCUCGCCCAGCCCCAUCACUGUGACAAACAGCGCGAACCUACCACUGCAGCCGACCGCUGUGGCGCGUCCGCAGCCGCGAACCUACGCGCGCACCCAGCAGCCAAUCAUCAUGCAAAGUGUGAGAUCGACACAGGUGCAAAAGCCGGUUCUGCAAACAGCGGUGGCGAUACAGACACCGGUAUCGGCGUCGGCCUGCAAUUCUCCUGUACACAUUAUGCCCGUGCCACCUUCAUACCCCCAAAAAUCCGCCGUCGUAGUACAACAGCAGCAAGCAGCUCAACAGCAAUCGCCGUUGUUGGCUGGUGGCGUUCCUACCACGCUAAGCGCUGCGGGCAAGUCAGCGACUCCCACUACGCCGCCGCUUAUUGCGAACGCGCUAAACGGCACCGUGGUUAGCAAACCGCCCUGCAUCGAGCCUCCUUCGUAUACCGUAACAAUGCAGGCGAAGGCCGCUCAGCAUCAUCAGCAGCAACAACAGCAACCAUCAUCAGCAGCUGUCACUGCAGCCCAGUUGCGCGCAGCUGCAGCUUUAGUUGCACAACAACAGCAACAGCAGCAGCAAAAGCAGGUGAGCGCCGUACCAGUUCCAGCACGUCAGUUGCCCCCACCACCGCCCUACCAGAGCACACGCGCUGCUGCAGCGCCACCGACGCUCACUAUUGCGGAUAUGAGUGGCAAUAAUAAUAUGAUGGAAAUUAAGGCAAAUAACAAGGUGGCGCUCCACAACAACAUAAUAAAUAAUAACCAAAUCACAAACAGCAACUUGACAACAACACCGCCAAUACCACCGGCGAAAAAUAGCGGUGGCAGUGGUGGCACAACCAGUUCUGGCAGUGGGGGCGGUGCAUCACCAGCGGCAUCGAGUACUGCAGUGGCAGGUGGCGCCGUUAGCAAAGGCGGAAGUGGUGGAGAGAAAGUCAAGCACGCCUCGCCCAUACCAGAGCGAAAAAAAGUCUCCAAAGAAAAAGAAGAGGAGCGCAAAGAAUGCCGCAUAACGCAGUACUCCCCUCAGGCUUAUAAAUUCUACAUGGAACAGCACAUCGAAAACGUGAUCAAGUCAUGCAAGCAACGUGCGUAUCGAAAGAACCAACUGGAAAAGGAGAUGUCACGCAUGUGUUUGCCCCAGCAGGCGCAAGUGGAGAUGCGGAAAAUGUUAAGCCAAAAGGAGAGUAAUUAUAUACGCUUGAAACGCGCCAAAAUGAACAAAAGCAUGUUUGAGAAAAUCAAGGACAUAGGUUUGGGCGCAUUUGGUGAGGUGUCGCUGGUUAGAAAGAUUGACACAACGAAUCAUCUGUAUGCCAUGAAGACGCUACGCAAGGCGGAUGUACUGAAGCGUAACCAGGUGGCGCAUGUGAAAGCAGAACGUGAUAUUUUAGCGGAGGCCGAUAACAAUUGGGUUGUUAAAUUAUACUAUAGUUUUCAGGAUAAGGAAAAUUUAUAUUUUGUGAUGGACUACAUACCGGGCGGCGACUUGAUGUCUCUAUUAAUUAAGAAAGGCAUAUUUGAAGAACCUUUAGCGCGGUUCUACAUUGCCGAAUUGACAUGCGCUGUUGAAAGUGUACACAAAAUGGGUUUUAUUCAUAGGGAUAUCAAACCUGACAAUAUACUCAUCGAUAGGGAUGGUCAUAUUAAAUUGACGGAUUUUGGAUUAUGUACUGGGUUUAGAUGGACACACAAUUCUAAAUAUUAUCAGGAAAAUGGCAACCAUUCGCGACAAGAUUCAAUGGAGCCUUGGGAAGAGUACUCCGAAAAUGGGCACAGACCAACAGUCUUAGAAAGGCGACGCAUCCGCGAUCAUCAAAGAGUAUUGGCACAUUCACUGGUGGGCACGCCAAAUUAUAUUGCACCAGAAGUGCUGGAACGUAGUGGUUACACGCAGCUUUGUGAUUGGUGGAGCGUUGGUGUUAUACUCUAUGAAAUGUUAGUCGGGCAACCGCCAUUUUAUGCGAGUACUCCAGUAGAAACACAACAAAAAGUAAUAAAUUGGGAAAAAACUCUGCACAUACCGCCGCAAGCGAAAUUAACCCCAGAAGCUACUGACCUGAUACGACGCUUAUGUUCGUCAGCGGAUAAGCGUCUUGGCAAAAAUACAGAAGAAGUGAAAGCGCACCCAUUUUUCAAGGGUGUUGAUUUUGCUGAUAUGCGCCAGCAAACUGCACCCUAUAUUCCAAAGAUAGAAUUUCCCACAGAUACGUCCAAUUUUGAUCCGAUUGAUCCGGAUAAAUUACGUUCGAAUAAUUCAAAUGUAAGCGGCGAUGAUUUUGCUGAUAGCGACAGACAGUUCCAUGGAUUUUUCGAAUUUACAUUUAGGAGAUUUUUCGAUGAUAGAUUCAAUCCUGAGAUGACAGACGAUCAUUCAACGUAUCAGGACGUCGGAAAUACAACACAGAGCAAUCAUAAUGCAAACGAACAGUUUAUUUAGUCAUUUAAGUAGUUAAUAGGGGAAACUUAUAAAUACAAAAGUAUAAGAAAUUGUGUUUGUAUGCAGUUAGUUAUGUAGUUAAUUAAUGUAAUGUCACAAAAAUCUCCUAGUUUGAAGUUUGAAUAAGAGCAAAGGUAUAGCAGACUGUUAAUGCAAUAUUUAAUAUAAAACCUUAUCGCCCACCGUAAAAAAGAGAAAAAAAGAAAGGGGGGAAAGUACACAUAAAUAUAUCAGCAGAUAUACAUAAACGAUCGUUGUGCUAAAUAUCAAAAUAUAUUAUCUGCAUACUAGUUCAUGCCAGUGGUGCACACAUAUUUCAUCCGAUGCAAAAUGUGAAAUAGAAAAUUAUUAAUUACAUUUGUAAAAAUUUUUUCUUAGUUUUUUUACCGCUGAACAUCGACUGUUAAAAUUUUUUGAUUCGUUAUAUUUUUACAAUUACAUAUUUGCUUGAAAUCAAACGAUGUCAAAUUUUUUAAAAAUAUUUGCUUUAAGACUAAAUUUUAAAUAACAGAGCUACAACGAUAUUUCAGAAUUCAUGCCGGUUUUAAAUGUAAAACGCAUCAGAAAAAUAUGCGCGUGCACCAUUAGUAUCGACGAAAUUUUUACAAAAACAAAGCAAGUGUAAUGAGUUCUUAGUUAUCAUGAACGUUGAGAAUUUUUUCAUAGUCUAACUUUAAUAUUCGGAAUUAAUUUGGCUUGUUGUAGAUAAUUGCUAAUAUUCAUUUGAUGAGUAAUUUUUGGAAAACUGUAAAUUAGUUUUUAAACAUUAUACAAGAAACUAGUAUAUAUUUAAUUAAUCGAAAAUGAACUGAGCCUAGAGAUAAAACACUAUUGAAAAACGUAUAUAUAAAUAUAUUUGUGUUAUUAAAACAUAGAUCAUAGAUAUGAAUCAUUAAAUGUUAACUAGAAACACCUAUACAUAUACAAGUCUCUUGCUAUGUACUAUGUAAAAUUUUGAGUUCAAUCUAUCCUGAACAUAUGAAAAAUUUCAUAAUUGCUGUGCCUUAUUUUAAAAGGAUACAUAUUUUUGUAUACGUACAUACUACUGACGUCCAAGUAUAUAAGAUAAAUAGUAACUUAUGUAAGCACUGCAGGCCCUUUAAUGCAUAAACGUAUCUACAAAACUGCGCUUGUGUUCGGUUCUUGAAACUAUUUUGUAGGAGUUCUUUGUAUGUAUCUACCUACAUAUCUGACGAAUUUAAAAACAAAUUGUAACAAAAAUAUACCAUUUAUACUGUUAUGGGAGUCUAAGAAAAAAGUGAUCUAUUUCAGCAGGCUGGAUAGAAAAUAACUGUUUGGGAAGCAUGUGAUGAGGUAUGAAAAUUGUUAUAGAAAUUGACUGGAAAGAAAAGCAAAAGCACAACCGCAUAAUGAGUAAAAAUUUAAUAACACCAAACUGGCCUGCACGGACAUAAAAUAUUUUUCAAAAAAAAAUGCCUUAUGUAUAAAAUGAUAUAUGUAUCUAUUUUAGUAAAGCUAGCGAAAUAAGCUGGUCUUAUACACCAAAUCUGUUCAACUGUCAAAGCAUUUCUCAAAAUCAAAAUAAAAUGAGCUCGUCAAGUGCUGACAAAUUUAACCAAUUGAAAGAGAAUGAAUGUAAAAUUUGCUCAAUUGGUUUUCAGAACCAUGUCUUAAUUUUUGUAUAAUUUGAAAUGUAAUCACCCUGAACUUUUCUCUGGGUAUUGUUACUCGUCAUUUCGAAUGCAUUCAACUGUAGAUGUAGCCUUAUCUCACAGUUUUGUUAAAUAACAAAUUAAUCAGGCUGGCUCUGCAAUUCACUUCCGAGUGAGUUUCAACCAAAGCCACUUUGAAUCAAAUGGGGUUGGAAUUCACUCGGAAGUGAAUUGCAGAACCGGCCUGAAUGUGUAUGCAUUGUAUUUAUUGAAUUGAAAAGCCAACGAUGUGUAAAAAAUGGAGGAGAAUAUGAAACAAUCAAUAGCAUGGCGUUAGUAUAUAAACAAACAUAUACAUACGAGUAAACAAACAAUGUUUUUAGUAAUAGUUAAUUUAAAUACCAAUAAGUUGAUAGAGUAACUAAUUCUAACUUACGAUUACAUUAGUACAUUAGCAAUUUGCAUACAUACAUACAUGCAUACAUACAUAACAUACAUUUACACACAUCCAUCUUUACGGUAGACAAAUUUAUGGUUACAUAUCGUUACCUUAAUAUAGAAAGGCCGUAACAAACAUAGUAGUUGUAAAACUAAAGUUCUUCAGUGGCAAAUUCCUUCAAGUCUGUGGUUUUUAAUAAAAACUAAAACUAACUUAAUGACGUAGUACUGGUUUUACAAAUCUAUUACGGUUCUAUCUACGGACUUAUGUGCAACGGUAAAUUUUGAAAGAAAGUGAGUUCGGGCAUUUCUCUGUUAAGGUAACAAUAUGUAAACUUCAAUAUUUUUACCACACUUUUGGCUUGCUCGGAAAGGUAUCAAUGCAAGGUUUCUAUCAGUCUCUUUUUGAUUUGUAAACUUAAAUUGAUGGAAAUGUCCAAUAAGCGUAAACAUAGUUAAGAGUUAGCUAUGCGUUUGUCAACAAACAUUUUUUUGCAAUACCCGCAUACAUAUGCACUCUAUUUGUUGUUUGUCUUUAUUACACAUCCUGUCAUACUUUCAAACAGUUUUCAUAUUUAUUGUUAAAUAAAAUACAUACAUUGCAGAAAUAAUGUGCCUUCGAUUUUGGAGAAUGCAAUGCCUCUUUUAACGAUGCGCUUUGUAGAGCGAAGAUUUCACAAGUCUAUGUUUAUCGUACUCUGCUUUUCACAAUAUUGCAGCAAUAAAUGUGUAUAUAGUUAGUUUAAUGUUAACACUUUAGUAAAUGUAUGAAAUUGUUUGCAAAACCAAUUCGUAAUCCGCAAAGAGUAGCUUAACAAAAUAAAUAAGUACAUAACUACAAAAAUAAAUUAUAAUAAAAAAAUUUUGUAUAUCUGAAAAUUUCUAUUCAUGUAUCUUAUCUCUAAUGUCUGAAAUAUGUAGUUGUUGUUCAUAUUUUUAAUUUAAUUUUGUGUAUAGAAGAGAAAUGAUCCGUUGAUGCGAGAUACUUUUUGAAAUACAAACUAAUAAAUAAAAAACAUAAUAUUUCAAAA